AGCAGACCAGGCGAGUGUGCGGUGGAGAGAGGUCGGAGAAGCAAGCGUUUUGAAGGUUCAUACAUACACAGGAGUGGUAGGAGGCUGAAGGACCAGAGAAAAAGCAAAAACAGCUUAUAAAAGGACUGAAAAGACAUCUAUUGGGGACAGAAGACCGAGAAGUAAUCAUUAGUGUAAUGGAGGAACCCUGUGAAAUCACUGAAGCUCCAGACACUUCUCCACCAGAGCAACCCACCAUUGGCUCUUACCAAUGGAAGAUAGACGGGCGAAAGCGCGGUGUUUGGGGUCGAUUGAAAGGAUGGAGGCAUUCACAAACUUCACAGGUCAAGGAUUCCCGGGGACCACGUAAAAGGUUCUCCCUAUUUAAGAAGAAAAGAGAUGCAGCAGAGCCCCGAACCAACAGCUUUGUUCAUUAUUUGCACUCUGUUACACAGAAGCUAGAAAGAAAGAAGGAGACCUGUCAACAGCCAGAGACGGUGGAGGAUUCCCCCCAGUCCUCGGUUCAUCAGCAUACUCCGGACUUACCCGUGUGGGACGUGUCAAACUUCUCCUUGGUGGACGGAUGUCUAAUGCUCACAAGAGGAGAGGAACAGGAUGCUUUCAGCAUCAGGAGCCGGGCAGGCAGCUGUGUGUUGAGCAAUGGGGCGGCUCAACUUGGCCAAGCGGAAGCAGACACUUCCACUGAUGGACACUUGGAUUCAAAAAAUCAGUUUAAUAAUGUCAAGGGUUUGAUUCUGAAGAGGAAAAAAAAGAAGAACAGAAAUAAAACAAGUACUUCAUCAUUACAACAAGAGGAGAGAAGUGUGAACGGAUCACGGGAAUCCCUGAACUGCAUCGAAAUUUUUGACCUGGCCAACGAGAAGGACGUCAUAGUAAGAGCACUACACAGCAGUAUCCGGGGGGAACGCUACUGCUUUGAGGUGAUCACUGCAAACGGAAGUCGCUGCUUUGGUUGUACCUCAGUCCAGGAACGUGAUCGUUGGAUUGAAAAUCUUCGCAGAAUUGUCCAACCAGACAAGGAUAAUUAUGAACACGAAGAAUGUUCCCUCAGCCUGUGGAUCCAUGAAGCAAAGGGCCUCUCUCACUCAGGUCCUGCUUCUCGUUCCCGUUAUUUCUGCGAGGUCCACCUGGAUGGCGCUUUGUAUGGACGUACCUCAAGCAAGACAGCCGAGUCUGGGGUGGUAUUCUGGAGCGAAAGCUUUAACUUGAGAGAUCUGCCCUCUGCCCGAGGUCAUGUGGCUAUUCACCUUCUUCGGGAAGGGAAGGAGGCUACCGGGGUAGGCACUGUAACACUGGCACUGGAAGGAAUGAAGGAUGGUGUGGAAAGAUGGGUUCCACUAGGAGGAGAGCUGACAUUGAGACUAAGGGGCAGAUACAGGAGGCUCCGUGUUCUACCUAUGGUGCAGUACAAAGAGUUUGCAGAGUAUCUCACCUGGAGGUAUCUCUUGUUUAGCAAAGCGAUGGAGCCAAUUCUGAGUGCUCGCGAAAAGGAAGAGCUGGGAAGGUCAUUGGUCUAUGUCCUGCAGAGCACCGGUCAAGCCAAGGAGUUUCUGGUGGAGCUUGGGGUGGCAGAGAUCUCUCGUUAUGAUGUCCAAGACUCAUUAAUAUUCCGAGAAAACACUAUUCUCACCAAAGCUAUUGAGGAGUACAUGAAGAUGGUGGGACAGACUUAUCUCCUGGAGACGUUGGGUCCGUUUGUAACACGACUCUAUGCCUCGGAGGACAGCCAUGAAGUUGACCCAUUGCGUUGCUCUCCAGAAGACUUAAGUGAGAACAGGAGUCAUCUGUGGAGUAGCUGUGAAGAAGCUUUACAAAGUAUCUUGCAGUCUCAGAGAUCAUUUCCACCUGAGCUCUUGGCCGUCUUUUCUGCCUGGCAGGACAAAGUUGCCCAAAGAGGUAGACCCGAAUUGGGAUCCCGAUUGGUCAGCGCCUGCCUCUUUCUUCGUUUCAUUUGCCCGGCUAUUCUCUCCCCGAGAUUAUUUAAUCUCUCUCCGGAACAUCCGCACCCUCUUGCAGCUCGAGCACUGACUCUGGUGGCCAAGGUCCUACAAAAUCUGGCCAACUUUACAAGGUUUGGGGAAAAAGAGGAUUACAUGGCAUUUAUGAACGGUUUCCUGGAACAGUACUGGGACCAGAUGAAUGACUUCCUGCUGACUGUCGCCAAUCCAGACAGUGAGGUCUCCGAAGUCAAUUAUGAAGGCAGUGUGGACUUGGCAUAUGAGCUUGCGGCUCUACACUCCAUGCUUUGUGGGAUUUUUACUGAUGUCCACCAGCAAACAAAAGACCAGCUGGAGCCCUUACCAACAAUCCUCAAGGCCCUAGCAGAGGGACAACCUGUCCCAGAAUGCAUCACUCAAGACCCCGUUUUCCACAACAGCCAAGAGGAUAGAGAGGAACCAGAUUUUGUUUCACCAAGAGACAUGCGUAACCUCCGCCCCCUUGUGAAGAAGAGCCAAUCGUUGAGUAGUUUGAUGAAAGAACGCUUGGUUCCGCCCUCGAGGAGCGAAGAGAGAGAAAGGAGAAACAGGCGUCAUGUGACCCGCACACAGAGUGUCCCUGCCCAGAGAAGAGAGGGAAAGGAGCGCAGACGUAGAACAGGCGCUGACACAAUGGAAGAGGAAGAGCAGGAUAUCAGUGAGACCACUGCAAAGAAACUGCCACGAAUAAGAGAACCGUCUACUCUCCCAAGGAGGAAGUCUACUGUGCCCUGGUGCAGGAAUGAGAACUUAGCCAUCCUGGGACAACAUAGGGAAGAAACCACCAAACAAGAACUGCAUCUUCAAGAGAUGAGGGGGCAGAUAGCAGAGAAUCAGGGCAAGCAAAAGGACCUAGAGGGGCAGUUACAUGCUUUGGCUGAGCAAGUACAGGCUGUGCUGGGGCAACUGGCAAAAGUGGAAGAGACUCAGAAGACUUUACAGACAGAGCUGGCUGAACAGAUGAGCCAAAUGCUGAACAGGAUUGUUGCCUUAGAGGGGAAAGCGACCCAGGAGACGACAGAUGGAGAAGAUACGCAAAAGCACAUUGUGGCUUUGGAGAAACGCCUUUCUACACUGGAAGAAUUGAAGGCGUCCGUGGACUCCGCUGAGACCACACUUCAGGGAGAGACCAAAGAGGAAAACACAACCAGUUCCCCAACACCCUGUUCCCCUUCUCUCCCAGGGAACACGCAUGGAUCUUAGAAAGUGUCCCAGUACAAAGGAUCUCCAACAGUGACUGCAUCUCAACAGUGUAGUGCGCGUGGUAUCGCUCAUUCAUGUGACACUUCAUUCAAACUCUGCCAUAAGAAUGUGCGUGUCUGCGAUACACAUAUUACAGAUUUGGUCCUUUUACCCACCAUUUAGCCAACUGCUUUACCCAUAAUGAUAACGUCAAUAGAUGCUCUAGAUGGGUCACGUUUUGGGAAGAGGGGAUAAAAUAAAAGAAGGGGGUCCACAAA